UUAGUUCUAUAAAACAAAAAAGGCACAAAAUCACUGAAAGAAAGAGAAAGCAGAAUGAAAAAUUACCAAAAGACUUUGAUACCUCCUCAGUUACAAAGAUCACUGCCUUCCUUGUCUCAAUUGUCUUCACAAUGGCUUUUCCGAAAUGGAAAAUUUGGCUUACACGUGUAAUGGCCUCUCUCUGUCACAGACCAAAAAUGAUUUCAACACUGCAAUCUAUACUUCGUAGAGUUCAUGCAGUUUCCCAUUCAUGGGGUCAUGAAGUAGAAUUACAAAAAAUUCGAAUGAAAAAUGCUAAACCUGAGUCAAAACUUAUUGAGAACCCUUAUACUUGGAAUGUAGCUGUUAUUGACAAUAUUGAUUUUAAAGAUACCACCUUUCAUUAUAGUAAUAUUUAUGAUGCAACCAGAAACUCUGCACAUGCUACUCUCAGAAUGAUCUUCCAAUUCCAACUUCCCUUUCCUGUAGCUACAUUUUUGCAAAAUUACCAAGAAUUAACUUCUGAAUUGAAAUUAUUUGGAAUGUCGACUUUUACUGAUGAAUGGGAGAAUACAAUUGAUAUGAUCUUUCGAAACUUUCUUCAAACUCAUGAACAUGAUUUUGAUUUUCAGGAUAUCCAUAAAGAAGUUGCUUCAAAAGUUGAAUUAGGUUGCAAAAUUCCACCACCAAACAUUGUAAUUCUUAAGCCAGUUUAUAAAACAUUACCACAUUCCACUGUUGGUAGACGAAGUAAAGAUGUUGCUUUUGUAAAAGUUAAAGAACAUAAUGAACUUGUUAAAGAAAUUAACAAAAAAAGACAAAAUGAUGAAGCAGAAAUUAGAGACAAUAUACCUGUUCUAGUUGAAGAUAUAACAAUUGCACCAGUUGAUGAAAUAUUACAAGUCGAAACCACUUCACAUAAAAGACAUAAAAAAACAGAUAAGGAACUUGAAAUUCUUCAAGAAGUGUUUGGUCAUCCUACAGA